AUUUGAUUGGAUAAAUAUUUCUGAGAUUCAAAGUUUAUUGAAACUCUUUCUGCCUUUUUUUUUUCCCCCUUCCUAGUUAUCACUUCGUUUAUAUCGCGACUCUCUUUUAUAUAUAUACACAAUUAUACUUAUAUAAACAUACACCUAUUUUCAUAUUUAAACAUUACUAGUCAUGUCCACUUCUAACUCUCAAGGUAUUAAUACUCUUUUGGAUGCUGAACGUGAAGCUGCCAAGAUUGUUCAAAAAGCUAAACAAUACCGUGUACAACGCUUGAAGGAUGCUCGUUCUGAAGCAGCUAAGGAAAUCGAAGAACUUAAGGCUCAAAAGAAUAUUGAAUAUCAAAACUUUGUUGCACAGCAUUCUGGAGAAUCGGAUCAAAGUCUUAGUAAAGUUGAUCAAGAAACUGAGGCUAAAAUUCAGGAAAUUCGUGAAGCUGCUGAAAAGAACAAGGAAAUUGCUAUUGAAAAAAUUAUGAAGGCUAUUACUAACGUAGAAACUAAGGUUCAUAAAAAUUAUCAAGUAUAAAUAUCCCUUUGAUUUUGUAUAUCCUACAAUUUAGCUCUUAUCAGCAAAAGAUAAAUAAAUAAAAGAAGGCUAUUUGUUAAAGUAUUUUGUAUGUACGCCUUAACCCUCGAAGCUACUAUAGAUAAAAAAAAACAGACUAGAAAUGAACUAACUCUCGGAGAGGGGGAGGGGAUUUAAUAACUAAGUUUAAAUAAAUUAUGCUACUUGUUUAUAAUAGGAUUUUCUAUGUCUACUUAUUAAAUAAUUUAACAGAUACUGAGUAAUUAAUAAAACAUGAUAGAGCAAAAAAUAAAUAAAUAAAUA